CCUGAAAACGUUCAAGGCCAGGUUGGAUGAGGCUUGGAACAACCUGGGAUAGUGGAAGGUGUCCCUACCCAAGGCACGGGGUCAAAUGGUUUGGGUUUUAAGGUCCCUUCCAACCCAAACCAUGUGUGAUUGCUAAGAAUUCAGAUUCAUGCCCAAGAUCAGCACAAUCCCACUGCUCCCUUCACAACACUUUCGAGACCUGGGUGGCUCCAGCCCCUGACAAGUGCCCGGGUUUGGCACCCCUGUCCUGGAAGGACAUGGAGCUCAGAUGCAGGUCUCCACAGUUCUGCUCUGGUGUCCUUUGGAAAUGUUCCUCCCUCAGAAAGUGCUGGCUGCCAUCGCGUCUUGUUCCCUGAGCCUCUGCAGCGAAGGCUCCGUGUUCCCCCGGGGCGGGCAUUCCCUUCCCGCCUGAAGCCCUGCUAAAGUCUCUUAGGGAAAUCCCCCGGCGGCCGUGGCGGCUCGGCCAGCACACGGGGGAAAGGCUCGGGACGGAGCGGGCAGCAGGUGAUGGGUCCCGAACCCUCAGGGGGGCCGAGACCGCCGCCACCUCAGCCCCGCCGCCGCCGCCGCCAUCAUCCCGGGCCGCCUUCAGCGCCCGCGGCGCCGCCAUUGGCCACCAUUGGCCGUCACGUGACCGCGCCUCAGCGGCCGCGGAGCCGCCGAGCGGAGCCGAGCGCGAGUGAGGGACCGGGACCGGGACACGGCGGGGCUGGGUCGGGGACAGCUGCAGGACCGGGACCGGGACACAGCAGAGCUGGGUCGGGGACAGCUGCAGGACCGGGACCGGGACACAGCAGAGCUGGGUCGGGGACAGCUGCAGGACCGGGACCGGGACACGGCGGGGCUGGGAGCAGGUCCCCUGAAAGCAGCUGGAAAUGAUCUCCCACAUGGACCACAAGGAGGAACUGUGGUUCUGCCACCUCCGCGCCUACCGAGGGAAGUCCGAGACAGUGCUGAGCAGCACUUGUGCAGCUGAAGAUGGGAUUGUCAUCAAAAAAGAGAAGAAUCCCCACCAAGGCAUCCCUGGGCCAGGAGAGCUGGAGGUUUCACUCUCAGGACUCUCCAAGGAGAACAAUUCCCAGAGUCCUGCACAGGACCCAGUCAUCCCACAAAGGUCAGAAAGGGUUCAGAGACCUCUGGAGAAGAAGCAAAGCCGAGUGAUGCUGCAUGGGAAAAGUUUCAGGAAGUUGCCAGAUGUUGUCCAGCAGAGAAAUUCCUCUGUGGGGAGACUGAUGAUAUGUGGGGACUGCGGGAAGAGCUUCCGUGUGAGUGCCAACCUGAUCCAGCACCAGAGAAUCCACACUGGAGAGAAACCCUUCCCCUGCAGCGAGUGUGGGGAGCGUUUCCGGCAGCGCUCCCAUCUCAUCCGGCACCAGAGGAUGCACACGGGGGAGAGGCCCUACGAGUGCUCCGAGUGCGGGAAGAGCUUCAGCGUGAGCUCGAAGCUGCUCCGCCACCAGGUGACCCACACCGGGGAGAAGCCCUUCAGGUGUGCCGAGUGCGGGAAGAGGUUCUGCGGGAACUCCCAGCUGGUGCAGCACCGGCGAGUGCACACCGGGGAGAGGCCCUACACGUGCGGCAGCUGCGGGAGGAGCUUCAGCGUGAGCUCGGCCCUGGCGCGGCACCGGCGCGUCCACACCGGGGAGAGGCCCUACGGCUGCGCCGAGUGCGGGAAGAGCUUCAGCCAGAGCUCCGAGCUCAUGAAGCACCGGCGGGUGCACACCGGGGAGAAGCCGUACAAGUGCUCCGAGUGCGGGAAGAGCUUCAGCGUGAGUUCGGCCCUCACACAGCACCGCCGGUUCCACACGGGCGAGCGCCCGUUCGGGUGCUCCGAGUGCGGGAAGAGCUUCACGGUGAGCUCCCACCUCAUCCAGCACCGCCGCUUCCACACCGGGGAGCGCCCCUUCCAGUGCGGGGAGUGCGGGAAGAGCUUCCUGUGGAGGUCGGCCCUGCUGCGGCACUGGCGGGUGCACAGCGGGGAGCGGCCGUACGCCUGUGCCGACUGCGGGGACAGCUUCAGGCAGAGCGCCCACCUCACCCAGCACCGCCGCACCCACACCGGCGAGCGGCCCUACGCCUGUGCCGAGUGCGGGAGGGGCUUCGCCGUGCGCUCCGCGCUCCUGCGGCACCGGCACGUCCACAGGACGGGGCAGCCCUAGGCUCUGAUCCCCGGGGCCCCGGUGUCUCCGUUCAUCCAUUGACUGCCCUGCUCACGGAGCGGGAAGGCUCUUUCUUUGAUGAGAACGAGUCCUAAAGGAGAGAGGUGCAAAGAGGGGAGAGCCAGCGCGAAGAGCUGGAGGUCUGCAGAGGAGCGCGGACACAGCACGGGCAGUUGGUGCUGCUCGGAGGGAAAGCUCUUGGGAGAGAAAGGACGUGCUUUGAAAAGGCUGGAAUGUGCUUCGCGUGUUUCAGAGGAAGGUAAAUGACUCUGUGACCACAUGUGGACAAUUAAUAGAAUGAAGCACACGGACCAUCUUGGAGCCUGCAACAAAAAAGUCAACAAAAGCUCCUGAUCUGUGUUCAGAGGCGCUGAGCUCCCUCCUUCAGCCCACGGGCUGGAGCCGCAGCCCAAAGAAGUCCAAGGCCUGGUGCCGUCGGCCCCCUGCGCUGGCUGUCCGCGUGUCCCCGCGGCCCUGCAGGGCGGCAGCUGCGCUGGGUGCCGUGGCUGCAGCCGCCAAUAAAGCCGCCGAUACCGCAGCGCUGCCGCCAUCUUUCCUUCUCGGCCGCCGUUUCCGGUUGCCAGGGCGCGGCGUUGGUUGCGCAUGCGCGCGUUGGCGCGCCGGCCGCCCUGCGGGGGCGGGGCCUUG